AUGAAUCAAAGUCUGAGUAGCGCAACAGACAACACGGCCACCAACACUUCGGCAAAGUUUCGCUACCAAUGGAGUUUCAUACCGGCGCUGGAGGCCAUCAGUUUCCCUUGCGUAGUCCUUCUCAACGGCGGAAUACUGGCGUUGUUUAUCAUCAACAAACGCUUCAACAUCCCCUUCAACAUUUACCUGUCCAGCGUCCUCGUGUCCAAUAUCUUCUUCGCCGUUCUCGAUAAUCCCUUGGACAUCCUGAAUUUUAUCUCGCCGUACUGGUGGCUGGGCGACCCUCUUUGCUCACUAUACUUAUACGCUCUCAACAUCCCCAGCGGCAUUGUUAUGUACUCCCACGUCCUGAUCACCAUCAAUCGUAUCUGGGCGGUGACCUUUCCGCAUGCUUACCGUCGACAUCAUUCGGUGCAGAUUGCGGUGUGCAUGGUGGCGGCGGUGUGGAUGUAUGUGCAUAUUGUGUACCUUCCCGGUGUCGUGAUGGAUGCGGUCUGGUACCGGCUUCCCAUUGAAACCAGCGGCUGUUUACUGAACAUCGAUAAAAUGGCGGCGUGGAAUACGACGGCUCAGUUUAUGACCUUUGCACUGCCCAAUGUGGUGAUCAUCGGAGCGUAUCCGUAUUUGUUAUAUAUGCGGCGAGAGUAUCGCAGGGUGAAAAUUCUCAAUCGUGCAUUGUCGCUUCGCAGUAGCGGACAUCGCGUGACAUCCUCAACCGGCCAACGGGCAAAGCUGACCCGGCCCGGUGAGAGCGGCAAUAAUUCCUUUACCGUGGUAACGGUGCUGACAUUGAGCAUUAUUUUAUGCUGGACGCCGUUAGUGGUAUUCUAUACAGUGUGGUGUUUUGUGGAUUUAUCGUCCUAUACCGUAACACUGGAGUUCUGUCAAGGUGUGUUCGUUUUGCAACCCGCGUUGGAUCCUGUCUUUUUUGCCGGUAUCAUGCCGGGAAUACGAUCUGAUAUUAUGGCUUUCUUGAGAAAAUUCCAACUGCUGUUUUGCACAUGUUAA